AUGGAGGAACAUCCAUUUCCAGAUUUGAAAAUAAGCAACUUUGAUUUUCUUGAUGACACUGAUGCUCGUAGGGUUUGUCCGAAAUGCAACAAAUCACGCAAAUAUUUCUGUUAUACUUGCUACAAACCGGUAAUUGGUACUGAACAGAAAAUCCCAUGUGUAAAACUUCCUUUACAAAUAGAUAUUCUACGUCAUCCAAGUGAAUGCGUUGGUAAGAGCACUGCAAGCCAUGCAGCCGUUCUGGCCCCAGACAAUGUAACAGUCUAUACCUACCCCUGCAUUCCAAAUUAUGAUCGAGAAAAGGUUGUUCUUGUUUUUCCUUGUGAGAAUUCUCAGUCUCUGGAAGCACUCCAAACUGAAUGUGGAGAGAAAGUCAUUUCUGCCGAUAACCAAUCAAAGGGAAAUAAUGCCGUUGACCCGGAUUCUACCAAUCAAGAGUUGCCUCCCCUUUCAACACCUACUUCAGAUCGCCAAUCACAAAAAAGAAAACAGGAAGAACAGACAACAGAUGGCACUGUAACCAAACAGCGACGAAUUGUGAAAGCUCCUUUCGACCGAGUGAUCUUUAUUGACAGCACAUGGAACCAGACGAACAGGAUUUAUAAAGAUGAAAGGUUGAAAGGCAUUCGUUGUGUGGAGCUGAAAACAAGGACAACAAAAUUUUGGCGACAUCAACACGACAAGCCGGAAACUUACCUGAGCACAAUUGAAGCUAUUUAUUAUUUCUUGAUAGAUUACCAUGAACUCUUUUUAUGCGAUGAUUACAAUGGACAAUAUGACAAUCUGUUGUUUUUCUUCUGUUUUAUGUAUCACAAGAUUCGUGGCCUCUACAAUGGAGGCCACCAUCUUUUGGCUUACAAGUCCAAAGACAAGAUAGAUAUUGCAAAUAAAAACAAAAAUUCCUGA